CAGGACCGGUGGUAACCGUUAGGCGCCCACCAUUUGUCUGUGGCAGGCAAAAGGCGAAAGGCUGCAAGGUCGUGCCCACUCGCCAGCGCCUUGCAGAUGGAGAAACUCCUGAUUCACGUCACCCUCCUCCUUGGAGCUGUGGUGGAGAGCAGCCUGCCAAACUCCCCCGACCCAGCAGUAAGAAGGGUGUACGGUGCAGUUGGCUCGCCGAUCACCGUGACCUGCGGCCCUGCCGAGGGACGCCUCCAAGGCAACGACAUUGCAUGGCGGUGGAACGGAGAUGUCCUGAGCCUCGGUGGAAGUGCCAAGGCAGACGGAGCCCAUCUAACACUCGGCAGCACCAGCCCGGCCAGUGCAGGAACCUACAGCUGCCACUCGCACGCUUCUGGGAAAGAGGUGGAUCGUAUUCUUCUGGAAGUCGGAUACCACCCGGAGAAGCCAAACAUAACAUGCCGCUCAUACAACUACCCCGAGAGCUUCCAGUGCACAUGGGAAGCUGGAAGAGACACGCUGCUGCGGACAAACGUCUCGGCUACCUACAGACAUCCGAUGAGUCAAACCUUCCUGCCUUGCGAGCCCACGGGAGAUCGCUCCUGCACGGGAAGCGACCUGAUGAUGUAUUCGUCCAUGGCUCACGUCGUAACGGCCCGCAUCACGAAUCCGUUGGGCUCCGCCGAAGGACACACGCACUUUGUUCUGGAGAACAUCAUCCAGCCCGAUGCGCCGGUGAACGUGUCAGCGAGAGCCGCCGUGGAGAGCGCUGCAGUGACCGUCUCGUGGCGGCUGCCCGCGUCCUGGUUCGAUCCCUUCCUCUUCCCCCUGCAACACCGGCUGCGCUUUCGUCUCGCCGAGAGCGGGGACGCCUGGAGAACGACCCUGUUCCCCGGGGAAAGCGUAGAGGAGCAGGAGUUGCGUGGCCUGCGUCCGCGCACACGAUACGAGGUGCAGGUGUCGCUCAAAGACCUACUGGACUACGGCCACUGGAGCGAGUGGAGCGAGUCUGCGUUCGUCCACGUGGCCGGAUCUCGCCGCCCUGGCUGUGAACGCCACCGCGUGGUGUACGCGGCCGUGGGCUCCAGGGCGCGCAUCCCGUGCAAGGGCACCGCUGGCAUCCAGCCCAAGUGGUCCUUCAACGGGGCCCCGCUGAGACGCGGGGGCCCCAGCCCAUGGCGGCAGGGCAAGAGAAGUGGGCACAUCACGCUGCUCAAUGCGACACUGAGCAGCAGCGGCAUGUACUCGUGCCAAGCCAGAAGUGGCGGCCACGCGAGACGGCGGCACAUGCGUUGCACUCGCCUGGUCGUGGGAUAUCCUCCUUCUAAGCCGACCGUCACGUGCCGCUCCUUUGACUAUCCGGAGAGAUUCGAGUGCGAGUGGCAAUCGAGCAGCCACGGCAACAAUAACGUCCUCAACACUUCCUACAGCGCCUCUUACAGGAAUCCACUGACCGAGAGCUGGCUGCCGUGCGUGCCCGUGGCAGACAAUGCCUGCCAGGGCCGAGAUGUGACCCUCUUCUCGGAACAACCACACGAGCUGACGGUCACGGCCACCAACCCGUUCGGCAGUGUCGAGGUCCACCACGCGUUCCUGCUCGAAGAUAUCGUUCAGCCAGACCCACCCAUCAACGUGCAGGCGAGAUGGAGGGACGUGGAGAGCGUAUUGGUGAGCUGGGAGCAACCCACCUCGUGGAACCCCCACCCUGCCUUCCCGCUCACCUACCGACUUCGCUACCGCACGCUGGGCGCGCAGGGCUGGAGCAAGGUGCUCGUGGAUGGCGAGGGCGCGACCUCAUUUGUGCUGGAGCCGCCGCCGCGAGCCGGCGCUGCCCGGGCGCUGGAGGUGCGCGUCUCGGCGCGCGAGGCGCUGGGUACCGGGACGUGGAGCCGCUGGAGUUUGCCCGCGCGAGUGAUAGACGAGGCACACUGAUGCGUGCCGUCCGUGCGACUGUUCAAGGCUGCCUAACAACGGGGUCGGCGCCUUUCAUGUCACUUAGCCGCCCCACCCACCCACCCAUGCCCACCCCACCACCCUGAUGGUGAUCCGUGCGCAUUCAAAUUGAUGAGCGCCGUUGUGCCAAAUAAAUAUUGCCGCUUACGAUUUGAACCGCGUGCACAAGCAUGUAACCCUGCAGCUUGGACAGAGACCAGAGAUUUAGAAUACUAUACAAUUUUAUUUUUAAUUCGUCAAUCCGCACGAUUGCAGGUUCAUUCGCAUGUAUGGGUUGUUAAGGGAUGUUUGCGUCUAAAGUUCCCAUCCAAUGAUAUAUUUAUUGGGUCUACAUGUGUGAUAUCAUAAAGCCUCAUGCUGUUGGCAACAGCACAUGAUUACAUUGUUUCAUGAGGACCUUCAUGAUAUGGGGGGGGGGGCAUCUUUCCAAUACAUUGAUUCCCGUUUACAACAAUUACGAGGGUUGCCACCUGCCUUGGCUUGCCCAGGAUCGUCCUUUUUGAAGGUUCAAGUUCAAGUUCAUUUAUUAGGUAUAGCCCUGUGAGCCAUUCGGCUCUUGAAUCGGGUGCAACCGCAACAAACAAAAAACAAAAACACGAACAAAAAACAUCUUAAAGUGAAUAUGUGACUAAGUGCAAACAGGUACCUGUCCCGUGCAAUCCGCGAGCCUUUCUGCUCCAUUAAAAGUCCGAGGUUUCGUCAGUUGCGUAGCAAUUCGCCAAUCAAGACGAUGCCUUUGCAUGUAGCUCUCCCCUCUCCUGGUAAUUAUCGUGAUAUAUUCUUCCCAUGACAUGUUUCAGCUUUCUUUUAUGCCUCAAAAUUGCCAGUCCGAGUACAUGUGGUAGAAAGAUAAAUGAGGGAGGGUGGAAUGAUUGAUUGACAGCCCUGACAUAUCACUUUGCAUUAUGAUGCUUCAAUAUAUGUGAGGCAAAGCUUUGUGUGUAAUUUACUUUUCCUUGCAGUGCUACUGAAUGUUUACUGUACCUCAUUAACAAAUGCAUUAAAAUGAAGUUCAUGGUCAUUUAUGUAAGAGCGUUAUCAAACAGCAUUGAAUUUUUUUUUUAAUCCAAAGUAUGUUUUAUUAUAACAUGUUUACUAGUUACUGUAUUGUGAUUCCACUUUAUUAGUGAUUUAGUUACAAAUGCAUUACUAUUUUAAAUUUAUAUUUUUCUACUGCAUACAGUAUUAAUGUCUCAUUUACAAAACCUACACAGUAUUAUAUGUAUUCAAUAUGCAGUAUUUGCAUAAUACAAUAUUGUAUUAGAUUUGAAUUACAACACUGAAAGUCUUAUGCUUUUUAAAUAAAAAUGGUUAAAUCUUUACAUUGCG